UUAAUCUUUAAGACUUAUAUAAUAAAGGUAUAUAGUAGAAACUUACAAAUAUAUCAACAAUUAUCAGAUUAGGGGAUAUUUACUAAAAAGGAUCAUCGAUCGCUAGGUUUUGUUAGCAACAGGUAUUGACUAAACAAUUGACAGAGGAAUACCAAAUGGUAAAUCAAUUAAGUAUUCAUUCUAAUAUCGAUGCUGCUCAGUUGCGAUAGCCUGUCGUCCUACUAAUUUUCCUGCACGAAAGCUUAUAUUUUUUCAAUUUUCAACAAAAUUGCUUUACUAUUAUUAUGCUAUAAACCAUAUGAAAUUUAGGGAAAUAAGUAGAGAAAAGAAGAAAAGAAAGGAAGAAAGAGAGAGAGGGAGAGAAAAAAGAAAACUUUUCCGGAUAGCGGAAUAAUUCUAUGCCCAAAUGGAAGCUUAUAGACUAAGGAGACCAAGAAAAACUGGAUUACCUCAUCUUGGUCAAAAUUUGACGACUUCAAGAGAAAAUACACAAUUGUCAAUAAAGAACGAAAAAGCGACAAAAAACGUUCCUUUCAGAUUACCAAGCACUUCGAAAGUUGAACAAAAUCUAGUAUGGUCAAGACACGGUUUUAUAUCAUCAGAAGAAAGCGACAAAGAAUUAAAAGUUGUUAUAAAGAGAAUGAAAACAAAACCGACCGAUUUUGUAAAAUUGGCUAGAAUACGCGCAGCACAGUCUGCAAAUUUUAAAAAUGCUGUAAUUACUCCAAUACCACCGCAAUCCCAAAUGGAAGAUAGUUUAAUUAGAAAUUGUAACACUCCGAGGGUACCAUCACCAGCUAAAUCCGCUCAGAGUAUUCACUGGACUUUACCUGCUCAGAAACAAAUAUUAUUUGAUAGAAAGGGCAAAACGAGAAGUCAAGGACCUUAUUCUAGAGAAUUCUCAAUGACUUGUUCCCCACCUUCAAUAUGGAUGAAAAUGAAAUGGACACCGAGAUCAAAAACAGUCAUUUAUUGAUUGAAUAGGUUGUAAAUAAUGGAAAAAGAUUCGAAUAUUUAUAUAAUCUCACUCGCAGGUUGUAAAGCAAUUGAUUUAUUAUGAAAAUCGUGGAUCUCAUAUUUAGAAGGACUAGACAUUUUAAAUACAAAAAUAUUCAAAAAGUUAGGAAUGUACUAAACUGAUUUUGUAAGCGUGUUUAUGCACACGUAUUUAAAUAUAUUGAUAUUAAUGGUUAUCGUUGUCUUCCCCUAUUCAAUCUGUAAUCUUUCCUUUCCCAUUCGUCGUCGUACAAUAAAAACAAAAAGAAAGAAAGAAAGAAAGAGAGAGAGUGAGUGAGUGAGGGAGG